AUGGCGCAAGCUCAGGUUCAGGGUCAGAAUGCGAACGCGGCGGCGGCGGCGGCUGCUGCUGCGGCGGCUAAUGGUGGUGGGGCCAACCAGUUCGUGACGACGUCGCUUUACGUUGGGGAUCUCGACCAGAACAUUACGGAUUCGCAGCUGUACGACCUGUUCAACCAGCUGGGUCAGGUCGUGUCUGUUAGGGUUUGCAGGGACUUGUCCACCCGGAGGUCGCUUGGUUACGGCUAUGUCAAUUAUAGCAACCCGCAGGAUGCUGCUAGGGCAUUGGAUGUGUUGAACUUCACUCCUGUAAAUGGGAGGCCCAUUAGGAUCAUGUACUCUCACCGUGAUCCUAGUAUUCGUAAAAGUGGGUCUGGAAAUAUAUUUAUUAAGAAUUUGGACAAAGCUCUUGAUCACAAAGCCUUGCAUGAUACAUUUUCUUCAUUCGGAAACAUCCUUUCUUGCAAGGUGGCAACAGACUCCUCUGGCCAGUCAAAGGGCUAUGGCUUUGUGCAAUUUGAUAAUGAAGAAGCUGCCCAAAAAGCUAUUGCGAAGUUGAAUGGUAUGCUUAUAAAUGAUAAGCAAGUUUUUGUAGGACCAUUCCUCCGCAAACAGGAAAGGGAGGGUGUUGCUGACAAGUCAAAGUUCCAGAAUGUUUAUGUGAAGAAUCUAUCAGAAUCGACUACUGAAGAUGAUUUUACCAAAAUUUUUGGUGAAUUUGGUCCAAUCACUAGCGUAGUGAUCAUGAGAGAUCAAGAUGGAAAAUCAAAGUGCUUUGGAUUUGUCAACUUUGAUAAUCCAGAUGAUGCUGCCAGAGCUGUUGAGGCUCUGAAUGGAAAGAAAUUUGAUGAUAAGGAGUGGUAUGUUGGGAAGGCCCAGAAGAAAUCUGAAAGGGAAAAUGAAUUGAAACUUCGAUUUGAACAGAGCAUGAAAGAGGCAGCAGACAAAUAUCAAGGAGCAAACUUGUAUGUUAAAAAUUUAGAUGAUAGCAUAGUUGAUGAUAAACUUAAGGAGCUCUUCACUCCAUUUGGCACAAUUACCUCGUGUAAGGUCAUGCGAGACCCCAACGGAGUAAGUAGGGGUUCCGGUUUUGUUGCAUUCUCAACUCCUGAAGAGGCAAAUAGAGCUCUGGCAGAGAUGAAUGGAAAAAUGAUUGUAAGCAAACCUCUCUAUGUUGCACUUGCGCAACGAAAAGAAGAUAGAAGAGCGAGGCUCCAGGCUCAGUUUUCUCAAAUGCGGCCAGUUGCAAUGGCACCUUCAGUUGCUCCUCGUAUGCCAAUGUACCCUCCUGGUGGUCCAGGUAUUGGACAGCAAAUAUUCUAUGGUCAAGCCCCACCUGCUAUCAUUCCCUCCCAGCCUGGAUUUGGAUAUCAGCAGCAGCUUGUUCCUGGUAUGAGACCUGGCGGCGCUCCCAUGCCAAACUUCUUUGUGCCAAUGGUUCAGCAGGGGCAGCAAGGGCAGCGCCCUGGUGGCAGACGUGCAGGCCCUGCGCAGCAAAACCAGCAACCAGUUCCAUUAAUGCAACAGCAGAUGCUUCCAAGAGGGCGUGUCUACCGUUACCCGUCUGGGCGCGCUCUGCCUGAUGGUCCCAUGCCUGGUGUUGGAGGCAUGUUUUCUGUUCCAUAUGACUUGUCUGGCAUGCCAUUGCGUGAUCCAGCACUGUCUCAGCCUGUUCCAAUUGGGACUUUGGCUAGUGCCCUUGCAAAUGCUACACCGGAGCAGCAAAGGACGAUGCUGGGGGAGAAUCUUUACCCACUGGUGGAACAGCUGGAACCUGACAAUGCAGCGAAGGUUACUGGCAUGCUUCUUGAGAUGGAUCAAACUGAGGUUCUGCAUUUGCUCGAGUCACCUGAAGCUUUGAAAGCAAAGGUGGCUGAAGCUAUGGAGGUUCUGAGGAAUGUUGCUCAGCAGCAGCAAGCUGGCGGUGCAGCUGAUCAACUAGCCUCAUUGUCGCUCAAUGAUAAUCUUGUUUCUUGAGAGUUUAAUUGCCAGCGUAUGUUGUCUUUGAUAACGGAGGAUUUAUUCUAUUUUAGGUGUGGAUGGGUUUUGAUACAGUCUGAACAGCAAGUUUCUCGAGUUAGGUAGACACUGGUUUGGUUUUGGUCUGUUCUGUGAGCUUUUGAAGUUUAUUUUGAGAUUGUGACGUUUAUGCAUAAAUAUUUCUAUGCACAGCUGUUGCUUUCCAUAUAUUUUUUUGGCCGAAGGAUGGUGUUAUUUUUGGAGCUAAAUUGCAUUUUGGACGGUACCUUGUCCGAAUCAAUUUAGAUACACCAGAGUCCUCUUAAUGAUAUCUUUAUUGUUA